AUGAAUCUCAAAUACUUAAUCCUUAUGAUAGCUGCCAUCGUCGAAAUAAACGUUACAGAGAGUCGGCAAAACGACAAGAGGAGAUGGAAAACUGACAAAAGCUAUUCGCAUUACGUCAACAUAUGUGACAUACAAGACCGUGUUUCUAAAGUUCAUUGCUACUGCGAAAGUAUUAAAAUAAAGACAGCCACCAAAGCUGAUUGCUGGGUUUUCAACGGCGGCAUCGCCGAAGAUGAUCCUUUUUGGUCCAAUUUCUAUUCACAACCCAAAAUAGAAAAACUAAGCUUCAAUGUCAGAGCUGAUGGAGGACUGACGUACAUCCCGGCUAAAGUUAUUGUCAGAUUAGAGCGCCUACAAUACAUCCACAUUCAAUACGCUAAUAUUUUCAGCAUCCCCUCAUUUGCGUUCACAAACUCCACGACCCUAAGGGAAGUAAUUCUACCAAAGAACAAAAUAACCAAAUUGGAAACGAUGUCGUUCGCUCAUCUGAUAAUGCUGUCAAAUGUCAGCUUAGUGGAAAAUCAGAUCUCCGAGCUGAAGAGGGACGUGUUUUACGUACUGCCAAAUCUACAGAGGUUAUACCUGUCGAAAAAUACAAUAAGCAUACUCCAUGACGGUUGCUUCAAACAUCUGAACAAUCUGAUAAAAUUGGAUCUCGACAACAAUUUGCUGACUGUCCUCAUAAGGGAGAACUUCCAGGGCUUGUCCAACCUGAUUACUUUGGAUAUGAGGAACAACAAAUUAACAAUGAUAGGUGACUUGGCAUUCGCGGAACUUUGGAGCCUCGAGGAACUUUACCUGGAUGGUAACGAAAUAGAAUUUAUAUCAGACAGAGGUUUUGGCGGCUUGGCUGGGCUCAGGAAACUUUCUUUGGCCGAUAAUAAGUUGGCAUCAUUAGACGACGGCGUUCUGGAUGAAAUUCAAAAGUUGAAUGUCUUGGACUUGAGAAAUAAUUAUUUGGAAACGCUGAGGCAGGAGGCUGUGCAGAAUGUUUUGGAAAAUAUGAAGACAAAUUAUGCUUUAAUCUCUUUGGAUGGCAACAGACUCACGUGCGAUUGUAGACUGUCAUGGCUACACAAGCUAAAAAACGAAACGAGAAGCAAACGACUGAAAGCAUCACUUGCUAGACUCAACUGCAUAAUGGACGGUAAAUCAAAACCGAACCAAGUUAUUCCUAAAAUAGAAAAAACCGAAUCACCUUUAAAACUCAACACAGUCUACAAAAAUGAUUACGCCGACAUAGAAGAAAAUUUUGAUGAGGACAAAAUUUACGAAGAAGCCAUGCAAGAUCAAGAGACAGAAAUUGACGAGUCUAAAAUAGAACAUCGGAGGAAACUUCUAGAUAUACCAGCCGAGACGCUCCCUUGUCCUAAUAGGCUAAGUUACGAAGCGUCCUACUCGCCGCCUACUCAGGACGAAGUGAAGUACUAUAAAACCUCGUCGAGUUUUAAGAGCUUAAUACCGUUUAAUUGGAUAGUAUUAGUACUUAUUGCUAAAAUGUUGUAG